CUUGUCUGUUUUCAGCCGUAACGUGUCAGCAGCAGCAGCAGCAGCAGCAGCAGCAUGUCAGAGGUGAGGGGACAGCGGAGUGACGGAGUGCCCCCCCCCCCACUGACACAGACGGUCAUGGCGCUGUUGACGACAUGCUCGAUGCUGAGAACAAGCGAAUGGCUGAGAACCUGGUCACCAAGGUCUCCCGACUAAAAUCUCUGGCAUAUGACAUCGACAGAGAAGCUGAUGAUCAGAACGAGUAUUUGGACAACAUGGACUCAAACUUCCUGAGUGCGACGGGCCUGCUGACCGGCAGUGUAAAGCGUUUCUCCACCAUGGUCCGAUCCAGCAGAGACAAUCGUCGCAUCCUCUGCUACGUUUCUGUCGGACUGGUCGUGGCCUUCUUCCUGCUCUACUACCUGAUCUCCAGGAUCCAACGCUGACGGGACGACCGGAUCAGGACCUGAUGUGGAGCCGAGGCUUCCGACUCUGACGUCCCGUCUGAUCUAUUUAAAUCAUCCCUGUGGUAUUCCUGUACAGGAAAAGAAUUUUGCUCUACACCAAAGUGAAAAAACAAACUGGAAAAAGACAGAAAACAUUAAGUUGAGUUUUUGAUGUGCCCAGCAAGGGGUUUUGGAAACUCUUGCUCUUGUGGUCAUAUCGGCGAUGUUGGAGUCUCUCAAGAAACAAAAAGGACACGUCUGGUAUUCAGGGCUUUCUGCUUUGCACUGCCAGGAAGUCCUAAUUUGGGCAAUGAGAGGGUGGAGCCUGAGUGAAGGGGGGGAAGAUAUCCACCCCAGCUGAGCAGAUUGUGAUAGGCUGAUAAACUGGUCAGUUAACUCACCCUAGAUAUAUACAAUACAGAGGCUGUCUCAGUUCCAGACUACAUAGUAAUGGAAAGCAGUGUUUGAAUUACAGCUAGUCUGUUCACUACUGUAAAAUUGAGCCAAAAAAUAUAUUACAAACUUAAAAUCUCCCGUCAACUCUGUUGUUGCAAAGGAACUGACAACUCAGCUGAAAAGUAACCGUAAUGCAAAUGUACAUUGUGGUGGUGACACGGCCAAAGAAAGUUCAAGUAACAGUUUAAAGUCUUAUUCAAAGGUUGAUUGAACAGAUUUAUUUUUUCCCAUCAGUACAUACACAGUAAAGGUUGUUAAUGGAGAUAUUAAAGCAAUAUAGGCGUGUAUGUGUGUAUAUAUAUAUAUAUAUAUAUAUAUUUACAUCUAUAUACAUAUUUAAUUUAUAGUAUGCACUGUCUGCUGAUUUGUAUGUUGUGUGGAACUGGGACAAAGCAGGUGAUUGUUUGACAGUAUAUUUUUUUGACACAUGGGUACAGUUGAUUGACAGGAGAUUGGGCUAUAGUUGGUUUAACAAAACAUUCAGUGUGUUUCAGUUUCAUUUAAGCUUUAUGAGUUUAGUGUGUAUGUGGCUCAGCUCGUUUCCUUCUAAUUAUUAAUAUUAUGUCUUGAUACCAGUCCUGUUCAUUGUUUCCAGACAUUUUGUUAAUACCAUUUUGUUUUGUGUCUUUUAUUCCUCAUCAGUUGGUGAAAGAGACUGGAGAGGAUUAUAUUUUUUAAACAUUCACAUUCCAGAUGCUGAUCAGCUGUAGCCAAUAUUAAAGGUCCAGUGUGUAAGAUUUAGGUGAAAGGGAUCUAUUGGCAGAAAUUUAAUGUAGAAUAAUCCUCAUGAUGUUUUCACUAGUUCGUUUCAUCU